AGAAACGAGAAAAGAAAAGAAGAAGGAAAAGCCGAGUUGUGGAUCACCUCCUUCCCUCCGCUCUCGUGACAGGAAAAAGGGUGGUGAGAAAGAAAGAAAUCAUCUGUAGUGGAAGGUUGAAGAGGGGGAGAGAGUCCCUCACCAGGAAGGAAGACAAGACAAGAAAAGAAAGCUCGCAAUCUCUUUCUCUCUCUCUCUCUCUAUAUAUAUAUAUAUAUAUACUCUCUCUCUCCCCACCACCGUCGCCUUCCCUUUCAUGUUUCUCUGUUCCUCUCCCCACACCAUUCUUCUGCCUCCUCCUUUCUCUCUUUGUUUCUGAUACUUUCUGCCCUUCUUUCUCCGCCAUCACCGAUUCCUCUCUCUCUUUCUCUCUGUCUCUCUCUCCGCUUUUGCGUCAAUGAUGAAGAGGCCAUCGGAGUCAACGGAGAGCGAGGGAAGCAAGAGGAGGAGGGUGGAUGGGGAGGGGGAUGGGGAGGGGGAGGAGGAGUUCCUGCUGGACGAGAAUCUGCUGUUCGAGGUGUUCAGGCACAUGGAUUCGAGGACCCUGGGGUUGGCUUCGUGCGUCAGCCGGCAAUGGCACCGGACGGCCAAGGACGAGCGCCUCUGGGAGAUCAUUUGCACCCGCCACUGGGCCAACACCGGCUGCUCUACCAGCCAGCUUCGAUCCGUUGUUCUCGCCCUCGGCGGCUUCCGCCGCCUCCACUCUCUCUAUCUUUGGCCCCUACUUAAGCCACCGGCGCGAUCCUCCUCCUCCCCUUCUUCUUCGUCAUCAUCUUCUUCUUCUCAAUCGCCCUCCAUCCCCAGAUUGUCUACUAACAUGAUCCCCACAUCGGCCCGUUGGGGCAAGGACGAGGUUCACCUCUCCUUGUCCCUCCUCUCCAUUCGUUACUUCGAGAUGAUGAACCCCAGCAGCACCCACCAUCGGCAUCUCGCUUCCGGCGUCGUUCUCCAAACCCCAAAACGUCAAUUGCUCGAAGAUUCCAGCUGAUUCAAACGCCGAACCGGAAAAUCCUGGUUGGCAUUCGACAGGCGAAUGAUUUCAGCACGCCUGUGGAGAGGAAGUUGGUGUGGACUAAUUACUUCUUUGCUUUUCGGUUGGUGGGUGUUGGAAGUCUGUUAAUGAAUUUGGGUUCUACUCUUUUCCUUUUAGCCUUCUUAUGAUAAUGAUAAGCAUGCUUUGCUUUUUCGGUGUGUUGUAUUUUGCUUUGAAUGUGUAUGUAACAACGGAUGUUUUUCCCAAAUGAUAUGAUUAUGAAUGUCACCAUGAA